AUGGAGGAGUAUGCUCGGGAACCUUGCCCAUGGCGAAUUGUGGAUGAUUGCGGUGGAGCCUUCACUAUGGGUGUUAUCGGCGGUGGAGUCUUCCAGGCCAUUAAGGGCUUCCGCAAUGCCCCUGUCGGAAUUCGGCACCGAUUGAGAGGCAGUGUCAAUGCUGUAAGGAUCAGAGCCCCCCAGAUUGGAGGUAGCUUCGCUGUGUGGGGGGGCCUGUUUUCCACCAUCGACUGUGGUCUGGUGCGGCUUCGGGGCAAGGAAGAUCCCUGGAACUCCAUCACCAGUGGCGCACUGACUGGGGCUGUGCUGGCUGCCCGCAGUGGCCCAUUGGCCAUGGUGGGCUCGGCAAUGAUGGGGGGCAUCCUAUUGGCCCUCAUCGAGGGUGUUGGCAUCCUUCUCACUCGCUAUACUGCCCAGCAGUUCCGCAAUGCACCCCCGUUCCUGGAGGACCCUGGCCAGCUGCCCCCUAAGGAGGGUACCCCGGGCCCAGGCUACCCCAGCUAUCAGCAGUACCACUGA